GCCUGUCCACGAUCUUCAACUCAGGUAUACAACGUUCCUGUUAGCAAAUGUCCGCAUCACAGUCUAGUAUGCUUAACCGAACGCCUUCAUAAGGUAUGUCUGGCUCUUCCCUUUGUCCGGUCACAACGUGAUCGAUAAGCGAAUAUUAUCGUCAUGCAGGUAACUUAUAAAGGGAGGCCACCCGAUGGUCCAGACAAACCUUUACCUGUGCCACUCAAUAACAUUUCUUCUAGACCUAUUUACUUUACUUUUCCUCCCCGCCCUCCUCAUUUCGUAUUCCCUCUAAUACUUCAGUCAACCUCGUCCAUCUCUCGCCUUCCACAUAUUCAGCCGUUCACGACGUCAUGACCUCCAACAUGUUGAGCGUAUUCAAGAAGCCCGUUGACCUCGAAGAGAUCUAUAAGACGUGGGUGGACCCUCCCUUUUACCGGGGUAAACCCCGUCGAGAUGGACCUGUAGACCAGUGGCUCCUUCUGGUCAAGACGGAAUGCAAGGCGAAGAAGAUUCCGAAGAGCAUGUGGCAUCUCGUAGCGGAACAUUUCCUGCAAGCGAGAGCCAAGAAACGGUUUGAUGCCGUUAAGACUGUGAUGGAUAAUAUGUAUCAGGGCGCCUACACGUGGAAUUGGAAGCGUUUCAAGAUUGCGAUGCGCAAUAUGCAGUGGGAGUUGGAUUCGGGCGCGGUGCAGACGUUCUUUGUCCGUACUCUGGAGACGGGUGUCUCGUGGAUCUUUGGCCCCUCGAAGGGAAAAGAGGAGGAAAUCGUCGUUAUUGAGAAGUGCGAUCAGCCUUUUUUGAUGAGGGCACUCAGAUCCGUCACAAAUUCUUCCAUGGUAUCCUCGAUCAAGGACGCGGCCAAGGACAGUAAAGCCGCGACUAAGGAUGCCAAAUCAGCGACCAAGGACGUGAAGUCUACAACCAAGGAUGCGAAGUCAUCUCCUAAGGAUAGCAAGACCGUGUCUAAAGAUAGCAAGGUCGUGCCCAAAAACAGCAAGUCACUGUCGAAGGAUUGGCAGCUUGUCCCGAAGGAGACCAAGAAAGAAAGCAAGAAAUCAUCUACAGACGUCUUGGCCGCGGCUAAACCGUCCACUAUCAUAUGGAAGGUCCCGCAGGUCAACAAGGACAUUUCAAGGCUUCUGCUCCAGAAACAAGGAGAGAAGGAUUUAAUUCUCAGCCAUAGCCAGGUGCCCAUCUGGCUGCUCGAAGCCUGUAACUAUCUUGAUACCAUGACGUCGGAGCAUAAGGGGACCAUGUCCAUCAUUGCCGCUGUCCUCAUCACUGUCGGGAGUGUUCCAGCAUUACCCGCUGUUCAAGCCGGUGCUGCAGGCGCGCUCCUUGCUAGCUCGACCGCUCAGGUGAUUGGUAGCACGCUUGCCGGGGUGGGGGCCUGGCUUGGUAUGCAGGCAGAGGCCCGUGAGGCGAGCUCUGCAUCCCGCAAGUAGUCGUGUGCCGUUUAUCAAGUUUACGAUGAUUCACGAAGGAUAAUGUGCUGCGAUGGGGACCAAAUUGAGUCUUCGGUCGCUACGAACGUCGUCGUUAUGCUAUCUGUUCCAAUUGUACCAACUGCGCCACUUUCGUUAUAUUCUCUCACUUCUCGUAUGUAAUUGGCUGUAUCAGUGUAUCGUGUAUAACACUCGUAGUAAUCGAAUGGUGCAGGGGAGAUUAUACUUUCGCC